UGAAACGACAAGAUCGGCGAGCGUAAAAAUAUACAUACAUAAGUGCACAAAUUAUCAACAAUUUUGCAAAAAAAUAAGACAAAAAUAAAAUUUAUAAAAAUUAAAAUACCAAAAACCUUAAAUUAUUUGAAAAAAUUACUACGGUUAUCGAUAUACUGCAAGUGCGGUGCGUAAAUUUCAAUAAAAGAGAAUCAAAACAAACGUAAAAUAAUAAUGUUGCCACCAGCACAAAGAGCACAAGUGCAAUUAAUUAUCCUGCAAUUUAUACUACAUUGCUUGCAUGGUGUCUACAGCGCCUCACAGCCACCGUAUCAAGUGUCACUUUAUGUGUCGCUGCAUCCACGUGCGCCGGCCAUACAUUAUUGUAACGGUGUUAUUGUGCAGAGUAGCUUGAUAUUAACUACCGCCAGCUGUGUCUACUACCAGUCAUCGGUGAUUGAGGAAAGUGGCGCACCGGUGCGUAUACCGUCGGCGAAGAUCAGUGUGGUGCCAGGUGUUGCGGGCACCUACAACGUACUGAAUACUUUCAAUGUGUUAGAGAUAAAUAUUGCACCGGGUUUUAAUUACAAGACAUUGGCAAAUAAUUUGGCACUGCUGCGUUUGGAUACGACACUGCCGCUUGGUCUACGCGAAGACGUACAAUGGAUCAUAAUGGAUGAUUAUGUGUAUGAGGAGAAGGCUUUAUAUAUGGCAGGAUUUCCGUCAUUAAAUGUGGACCAAAACGCCGUGCUAUUAGAGAAUGUACAAAUAUUACCCAACGAACAAUGCGCACAGGUCACUACGGCAGCGCCAAUUAUAAGCAACGAAAGCAUUUGUGCGCGUUAUCCGUACACAUAUUCAUAUGCGGUCGGACCGGAUUGUGAGUUCCCAAACGAUUUUCCUUCAUUUAAUACUGAUUAUGGCACAGGUCUGAUAGUGCGCAGCACAUUGGUAGCCCUAUUUUCGCAUACAAUUGCAAUAUCAGCCAAUAAACAUACCAACAAUUGUCGGGAGCAGCAACCGUUUAUUGCGAUUUUCGCCGAUGUAGGACCACAUGUAGAUUGGAUUUAUGGCAUUAUCGCGAGUGAGGAAAUGUUAGCUUUGCAUCAAAAUGACUUUAUGUACUCAGCGCCUUAUCAGCAAGAUGUUAGUAGCGCUAUUAUGUACUCAUCGUAUGCAUCAGAGUUAAUGCCGUCAUUAAUUGAAACGCCAACUACAACAACAGCAGCAAGAACAACCACAACAAUAACAACGGCAGCGGCGGUGAUGACAACCACCAAUGAAGUAACGACGCACCCCAGCAGCACGGAAGUGAGUUCAACGCAGCCGCCAAGUGUGAAUACUGCAGACAAAGUUGUUGGUAUAAAGUCCGCAUUGUUGUUAUAUGCCAUAUCUUACAUAUUUUUGGCUUAUUUUAAAAAGUAAGCACAUAGUAAAUGUAUAUUAUAUACAGUUGUAUAUUAAGUGCAAGCAACUUAUCGAAUGUGCCAACUUAUAUACGUGAUAUAUAUUCAUUAUAUAAUCAUUUCUAUACUUUAUGCAUAAUUUAAUUAUAACUAAGCUUAAGAGAAUGCAAAAAGACUGAUACGGAAUGAUAUGUAUUUUUAUAUGUAUGCAAUAGGGUUUCCGAUAUUUGUUGAUUGUUCUUUUGCAAACGCCUCCUGAAGUUUUAAUUUUUGCCUUAAAAAAAAGAUCCGACAUAAAUAAGCGUAUCUUAUUUUCAAUUUAAAGAAUGCUUUAAACAUUACUACUUUUCCUAUGUACUUUAUAUGCGUAUUUUUGAUUUUUUUGCAAUAAAAUUUAAAUUGUAACUCAAUUGUACGGUAUUCACAUAGUACACCAUGCCGUAUAAGCAACACUGAAUGUAGAAAUCACUGGUGGGAAUGCUCAGCUCAUUUGUUUGAUUUAUAACCUUAAUAAAAUCUGAAGCUUUAGAGUGCGUUUUUGAUAAAGCAAUCAACUUGCGCACCCUAAUAUGCAUAUACAUACGUAAGAAUUAUAUAUAUUAUUAUUAUAUUACUGAAUUAAUAAAACAUUCACUUUACUCUCAUUAAAUUACUAUAUUUACUUGUAUAUUAUGACAAUGAAGUAUGUAAACAGCUGAUUUAUAACCACCUUCAUUUACAGUUAAUUCUAAUAACAUUUUUAUUAAUUGUCAGCUUAAACUAUCAAA